CAAAUUUCAAGUCCUCUCUCUCUCUCUCUCUCUCUCUCUCUCUCAAACUCAGGUACCCCAAAACCCCCGAGCUUCAAUACUUCAAACGGACACUUACAAACCCCCCAAGAAAUUGUUCUGAUCUGAAAUGGCCAGCUCCGAUUCCACUCUCUCUCUUCCUCCAUCGGCUCCCCUCCCCCUCGCUCCUCCUCCGCUUUCCACCACAACGAAGGAGAAUCUGACACCAGUUUCCUGCAAGAUUGAGGAACUGAAUGAAUCGAGGUCUGAGCUUCUUGGCAGAAUUCAAGGCUUGAAGAAGGAUUUGCAAACAUGGAGGUCAAAGCUAGACUCACAAGUGAAGGUCUACCGCGAUGAACUUUCAGAACUCAAGCAAUCGCUCAACACUGAAGUGGAGCAGCUUCGAUCAGAAUUUCAAGAAUUGAGGACCACUCUUCAGCAGCAGCAAGAUGAUGUAACUACUAGUCUCCAGAAAUUUGGGCUACAUAAUGUGAAAGACGAUACCAAGGCUGACGUAUCAACCCCAGAGGACGAAAAAUUAGAUGUAACAACCGUAGAGGAUAAUGUCAAAGAAGCUGAAAGCUAGACGGGUCUUAUCGUUGAGCAGACACCAUUUGUGUUGAUUCCUGAAGGAAAGAUGACUAUGAAUCUGUUUGUUGUGUCUAUCUAGUUAAAAAUCGGCCAUAACCUUGUUGUCUUUCAUAAAGAAUUAUCUUCUGAACCAAAUCAUGUGGAAUUCUGUCUACUAAAUUUGAAGGAGCUCUUGAAGCAACUUUUGCCCCACUCAAAAUUGUGGAUU